AUGAUCACAGUUUGCAAUGACAGCCACAGUGAUUUCAUCCUCCUAGGCUUCUCUGAGAAGCCAUAUUUGGAGAAGAUACUUUUCUGGGUGGUUCUGAUCUUUUAUUAUUUGACUAUUGCAGGAAAUAUAGUCAUAAUUCUUGUUUCCUCAAAGGAUCCUAAACUCCACAUCCCCAUGUAUUUCUUUCUUUGCAAACUUUCCCUGCUAGAUCUCUGUUUCACCAGCAGCUGCGUUCCACAGAUGUUAGUUAAUUUCUGGGGUCCAAAGACCAUCAGCUACAUUGGCUGUGCCAUUCAACUCUAUGUCUUCUUGUGGCUUGGGGCCACUGAAUGUGUCCUUCUUGUGGUCUUGGCUGUGGACCACUAUGUGGCAGUGUGUCAUCCACUGCAAUAUACUGUUAUCAUGGACCCCAAACUCUGUCUGCAGCUGGCCAUCCUUGCAUGGGGGGCUGGCCUGGUCCAGUCUCUGGUCCAGUCUCCUGCCACCCUCCAGUUACCCUUCUGCUCCCACCGCAGGGUGGAUGAUAUUGUGUGUGAAGUCCCAGCCCUGAUUCAGACCUCUAGUGCAGACACCACCUACAAUGAAAUCCAGAUGUCCAUACCCAGUAUCAUUCUCCUGGUGGUACCCCUGGUCAUCAUUCUUUCCUCAUACGUGGCUGUUGCUAAGGCUUUGCUAAGAAUAAAGUCAGCUGCAGAGCAGAAGAAGGCAUUCAGUACCUGCAUUUCUCACCUUCUUGUGGUCUCCCUCUUCUAUGGCAUGGUCACAGCUGUUUAUCUUCAACCCAAGAACCGCUAUUCUCAGGAACAGGGCAAGUUCUUCACCCUUUUCUACACUGUUGCAACCCCAUCUCUUAAUCUGCUCAUCUACACCUUAAGGAACAAGGAGGUCAAAGGGGCACUAAUAAGACUGGGGAGGAGGAUGGGAUUCCCAGAAUAA